AACUUCCAAAGGAUAAUGGAUACUGGGAAUCAUUCCAUAGUGACAGAGUUUAUCCUUAUGGGAUUAACAGAUGAGCCAGAACUCCAGCUCCCUCUCUUCUUAUUCUUCCUGCAAAUAUACAUUAUUUCCAUUAUGGGGAAUGUGGGCUUAUUGCUACUUAUCAGAACUAGUUCUCAUCUUCAAACACCCAUGUAUUAUUUUCUUAGUAACUUAUCCUUCAUUGAUCUUUGCUACUCGUCUGUCAUUACCCCCAAAAUGUUGGUCGGCUUUGUCUCAGAGAAGAACAUCAUCUCCUAUUCAGGGUGCUUGACCCAGUUCUUUUUCUUCUGUACUCUUGGUAUUUCUGACUGCUAUAUGCUGACAGCCAUGGCCUAUGAUCGUUAUGUUGCUAUCUGUAGCCCCCUGAUCUAUAUAAGCACCAUGUCCCAGAAUACUUGUUUCCUGCUAGUGGUAGGAGUAUAUACUAUGGGGGUCUUUGGAGCCAUGACUCAUACAAGUGCUCUAACCAGACUGUCCUUCUGUGGAAACAAUGUAAUUAAUCAUUAUUUUUGUGAUGUUCCUCCCCUUUUGAACCUCUCCUGCUCUAGCACCUAUAUCAAUGAGCUUUUGGUGAUGCUUCUGGUUGUGGUUAACUCAUUGAUAACCACUCUACCCAUCUUGAUCUCUUAUGCUUUCAUCCUCUCCAGCAUCCUUAGGAUCCAGUCUUCCAAAGGCAGAUCCAAAGCCUUUAGUACCUGUGCAUCCCACCUGGUAUCUGUGGCUGUGCUGUACGGCUCCAUCAUUUUUAUGUACUGCCAGCUUGCUUCAACCAAUAACAUAACUCAGCAGAAAGUGUCCUCAGUGAUCUACACCACAGUCAUCCCUAUGUUAAACCCCUGGAUCUAUAGUCUGAGGAACAAAGAUGUCAAGGAUGCCUUGAGGAAAAUCAAAAAGGAUCGGACAGUAUUCUGGUGCAAGUAGCUCAA